UGGUGUCUUGACGUCGGACCGAGGUGCACGUAGUCGCAGCGAGAACGUCGUGGAAUAUUUUCUCAUCUUGGGAAUAUUAACACCGUGGAUAUUUUUGGAAAUCAUGCAGAAAUCUUGAAAUGAGAGUGUGAGAUGAGAUCACUAUCGAGAGUGAGGAUAACUAUCACCGCCCCAUUGAUGAAUACGAGCAGAACGGCUCUCAGGAGUAGCUGCUGCUGCAUCCAUAAACACUUCUUUAGGACUCACAACAACCCCUGAGCUUUGUUUUGGGGUCACAAAACAACACAUUUUACUGUUGUGCACGUGGGUUGAUAAUGGCUGAAAAGGUUAAAAUGAAUAUAGACCAUCUCGGUGGAGUUGCCAGGCUCCGAGAAGAGCACAAGAAGGUGGUGGAAGACUGUGAAAGUCGGAUCCAGCACUGGAAGAAAGUGUUAGGUGACUAUGAAGCCCUGAAUGAUCGCCUUGAAACUCUUCCAGAUCAACUCUCAUAUGACAUCAUGGUGCCGUUUGGCCCUUUGGCCUUCAUGCCUGGGAAGCUGGUGCACACCAACGAGGUCACAGCGUUGCUCGGUGACAACUGGUUCGCCAAGUGCUCUGCCAAGCAGGCCCAGAAAGUUGUCGACCACAGGAUGAAAUAUGUGAAGAAUGAAAUAGAUGAUCUGUCGAAGACGAUGAAAAACUUUGAAGCCAGAGUUGGCUUUGCGAAGGAUUUGGAAACCAUCUCGGCUAGUAAAAGGGACUACGUUGACAUUAGAGAAGAUGUCGGAAACAAUGAUGCUGUUGUCAGCAAAGGAAAGCAAAGAAUAGCUCACAAACCAAACUCUAAGCCUAAGUCAGAUGGCAUGUUGGAUCUAAAAGAGGAGGAUGAGGAGACUGAAGGAGAGGGCAGAGAUGGAGGGAGCCGAAAAGGCGUCGUGACAGAGGAGGACUUGUGGGCUCGAUUGGAUGAACUCGAGAAACUGGAGGAGCUACAAGAUGAGCAGGAAAGAUUGUCUGAUAAUGCAGACAUGAAUGGUGAGGACACAUCAUCCUUAUCCUCAGAAGAGGAGAAGGAAGGAGAUGCUGCGCCUCCGGUAAAUGGGCCAAGUCUGAAGCCCAGCUGGACCUCCGUGUCUCACAGCAAAGCACCACUCAGCGUAGACCGAGAGGAAGAAGACGACGAGGAAGGCAGCUGUUUGCCUACCAUCUUUUUCUCUCACACGGUCGAACCCAAGAAGGUGAGGAUAAACACAGGAAAAAACACCACACUGAAGUUCAGUGAAAGGAAAGAGCAGAAGGAGCAGAAGAGGAAAAAGAAGAACGGACACUCCCAUCACGAACUUCACAAAAUCACAACGCCAGCGGACAUUUAUAGGUUGUUUGUGGAUGUGAAGAACGGGGAACUCAUCCCCAGAAAGUCCAUCCUGAAGUCACGCAGCCGAGAGAACAGUGUGUGCAGCGACACGAGCGAAAGCAGCGCGGCCGACUUCGAAGAGCGGCGGAUGAUUGGCCGCAGCUUCAGCCACGACGAGGCAACGCACAGCGACACCAGUGACGGCAUCACGGAGGAGGACAGUCCCACAGUGGUCCCACUGCACCCCGCCAGCCGAUUUGAGGCAUUUUCAGGUACAGUAGUAGAAAAGGACCCGAUGCCUUCAGCUGUCCCCCAUCUGACCAUCACUCCACCAGCUCUGCCGACUAUACUGGAGAGGAAACAGGAGGAGGUGGUGCCUGACGGCGCCCUGCCCCAGCAAGCCCCGAAAAGAGUGUCGAAAUUUAAAGCUGCCAGGCUGCAGCAGAACUGACUUUUGAUGAGCAAAUAUCCAUAUUUCCAUAACUUUGUUUGUUUUUUUUCUUUCUUCGACUGAUGAACUAGACAAACCACCCUCUCCUUUCUUUCAUGUGUCUUUCACUUCUAACCAUAAAGGGUUUCUGUCAUUGAGAGUGUUGAGUAGGAAAAAGCACAGUAGCAACGUUAACAAAUAAGCCGUAUGUGUAACACUGCUUUUUAACAAGCUCUAAACACUGGUAAACGCGGGAUCUUUUUCUAUCUGCUCCUCUAGUAGGGGGUUUGUUUAAACGGAUUGUCUGUCAUAUGUUUACUUGUCAUCUGCUUUUCUGCUGAUUUAGGUAAGCCACUUAGGACGAGUUACCUUGUUGUUGAUCAUUAAACAGAAUCAGGGGCCUGCUAGCUCUCAUUUUACCUUCUCUUGAUCUGCCUAAUGAAUGUAUGUAUUCCUUUGUGACAAGCUUUAUGUAAAGACAAAAAAAGAAUAUUGAUGGAAACUGAAAGGAAAAUAAACGAUUUUGGCUACAA